AUGAUGAACAAAAGCUUCAUGGAGAGCCGUGGUUACACAUUUAAGAGCAACCUGGGAGAAGGCAUGUUUGGCAAAGUUGUGAGUGCCUACUCCACCCGCCUGAGGAGUAGGGUUGCCAUAAAGGUUAUAGACAAAAAAAAGGUUACUUCUAGUUACUUGGAAAAGUUUCUGUGUCGGGAAAUGGAGAUCAUCAGGUCUUUGAACCAUCCCAACAUUGUCAAGACUCUUGACAUCUUUGAAUGGCACACAAGCAAGGUCUAUGUGGUGAUGGAGUUCUGUGUGAAAGGAGACCUCUUGAAGCAUAUCAAUGUCAGGGGGGCCUUAUCUGAAUAUUCAGGCUAUAGGCUAUUCGCACAGCUGUGCAAUGCAGUCCAAUAUCUUCACAACGGUGACUUGGCCCACAGAGACCUUAAAUGUGAAAACAUGCUGCUGGACGUGCAUUUUAACCUCAAAGUGUGUGACUUUGGAUUCAGCAAGAGGCUCACUUACGCAGAAGGGCGGAUGGUGCUGAGUGAAACCUUCUGUGGCACCUCGUCCUAUGCGGCACCUGAGAUAUUAAGAAGUUUACCAUACAACCCCAAAGUGUCUGAUGUGUGGAGUAUGGGUGUUGUGCUGUAUAUGAUGCUCCUUGCUUCAAUGCCCUAUGACGCCACCAACGUUAGGAGGAUGUUGAGAAUUCAGAGUCAGCAUAAUAUCAACUUCCCCGAAAAACCGUCUAUUUCUUCUGAGGCAAAGGACCUUAUCCAAAGCAUUCUGCACCCUGUUGUGGAGCAGCGAAUUACAAUCAGCAACAUAUUGCAGAGCACCUGGAUGUUGCGGGAAGGGACAAUUGAGGACAGUGAUGAGGCCACCACAUCAAACGCCGGCUCUGGACAGGAAGAACCCCCAGAGGAAGAAAAUUUUUCAAAAAACUAUUCAGAACCAGGGAGGGACCAUCACCUGCUACCCCAAGACACUGACGCUAACAAACCUAAAUAA